AAGACGUAAGUGAGUGAAAUGUAGAUGAGAGACUUGAGAUGUAACCAACGGACUCCAGUACACAUUGCAGCAGCCUGCAUGACGCACCCUCUGCACGAUGCUGACUCACUUACUGUUACGAAGUUUCUGCCAGGCAGCUGCGAAAGUGAAUCGCAGAUCUUACCCGGCUCUCGGUUCAGUUUUCCGGGAUUUUACAACCUCAAGUCCAAAAUGUGGAGCUGCAUCCGACAGCGCCUCAGUGGUCACCUACACCCAGCUGAAGAUCAUGUUGUCCAAUCAUGACGUUCAGCUAUUUGACGUCAGAAAUCCUGAUGAAUACCAGGCCGGACACAUCCAAGAUGCUGUCAACAUCCCAUUGGGCAGUCUGGAGGAGUCUCUGAAGCUAUCCCCUGAGCACUUUCAGCAGAAAUUUGAUGUGAAAGCACCCGGGAAAGAUGACGACAACUUGGUGUUUCACUGCAAAAGUGGCAACAGGAGUGCCAAAGCACUGGACAUCGCCCGUCAGCUGGGAUUUAGCAGGGUGAGACAUUAUAAAGGAGGGUACAGUGAGUGGGCCGAGCGAGAAGGAAAAUGAUGCUGAUUUCUGCACUUCAGUCCCAUGUUUUGAUUAAAAUACAACUAACACAAAACUACUGAAUAUAAAUGAGAGAUGACACAUUGGUUAAGCUUCAGUGACAAUCAGGUACAGUUUAAAUUGACUGAUUAUGAUUUACAGUUUGAAAUUGUUACUUGAUAGAUAAAUAUCACCUGAAUGAUUGCACUUAUUUGCCCUGUUGCAUUUUUUUAGACACUGAAUUGAACCUUCUGUUAAGGUCUUGAAUAUGCUGUGUAUGAUUAAUGUGAGCGUGCUUGAUGUUGAUAAAAUUAUAUUUUUUAGAAAAUUAAA